AUGCCUAGUCAAGAAGUUGUUACUACAAAGGUUGUGGUGCAUCCACUUGUAUUACUUAGCGUUGUAGACCAUUUCAAUCGUAUGGGAAAGAUCGGGAACCAAAAAAGGGUUGUUGGUGUCCUACUAGGAUGUUGGCGAGCAAAAGGAGUUCUUGAUGUCUCGAACAGCUUUGCAGUUCCAUUUGAUGAGGAUGAUAAAGACAAAUCAGUAUGGUUCUUGGAUCAUGACUACCUGGAGAACAUGUAUGGUAUGUUUAAAAAGGUAAAUGCUCGAGAGAAAGUGGUUGGAUGGUACCACACAGGGCCUAAACUUCACCAGAAUGAUGUUGCAAUUAAUGAAUUAAUCAGGCGAUACUGUCCAAACUCAGUUCUUGUCAUUAUUGAUGCUAAACCUAAAGAUUUGGGCUUACCUACUGAAGCUUACCAAGCUGUUGAAGAAGUUCAUGAUGACGGAAGCCCUACUACUCGAACAUUUGAACAUGUCCCAAGUGAAAUUGGAGCUGAAGAAGCAGAAGAAGUUGGUGUUGAGCACUUGCUUAGGGACAUCAAGGAUACAACUGUUGGUAGCCUCUCACAACGUAUUACCAACCAGCUCUUGGGUUUAAGGGGUCUCCACUCACAACUGAGUGAAAUCCGAGACUACCUGGCCCAAGUUGGCCAAGGAUCAUUACCAAUGAACCACCAAAUCAUUUACCAGCUGCAGGAUAUUUUUAAUCUCUUACCAGAUAUCACUAGUGACAACUUUGCAGACAAUCUCUACAUAAAAACAAAUGAUCAAUCCCUGGUUGUCUACUUAGCUGCUCUAGUCAGAUCUAUUAUUGCUCUACAUAAUCUCAUAAACAACAAGAUCACUAACAGGGACGCCGAGGAAGGCAAGAAAGAAGAUGCCAAGGACAAGAAGGAGAAGAAAGAUGAUAAGGAUGAAAAGAAAGAGGACAAGGCAAAAGGAGAUAAGAAGGAGAAAGAGGAAAAGAAAAAGUAA